GGGGGUCCGGUGAGGUGCGGAAGAUCCGCAGGCCGCGCUGCCGAGUCGACGCUGUCCGAAGGAGCCGCUGCAGCCUCCUCCAAGUACCGAAGGUUCGAGAGCGUGCUGCGGACGGACCCCGUGGCCUGCUGAGUCUUCCUUAUUUCAGUCUGGGUUCCUCUGCUGUACUCGAUCAGGAGUGAGUCAGGGCCGCUUCAGGUGUGCUGUCAGGUGGAUUUGGCCUCCGGCGGUCGAGGCUCGUACCCCCACGAGCUGGACAUGUCUAGUGCGGAGGACGAGGAGUGCUGGGUCCAGCUGGAGGACUACAGGCUGCUCCUCAUUAAGAGCAUCGAACCGUCACGCAUCACCCCUUACCUGCGGCAGUGCAAGGUGCUCAGCGGUGAUGAUGAGGAGCAGAUCUUCAACGACCCAAAUCUGGUGAUCCGCCGCCGCAAAGUCGGAGUUCUGCUGGACAUCUUGCAGAGGACUGGGCGGAAGGGAUACGUAGCUUUCCUGGAGAGCCUGGAGCUGGACUACCCUCAGGUGUACCGCAAGAUCACGGGCAAGGAGCCUGCGCGGGCAUUCUCCAUACUGGUGGAUACGGCAGGUGAGUCGGGUCUCAUGCAGUUCCUGAUGAGCGAGGUGACGCGUCUGCAGAAGGCCUUGGAGGAGGAGCGUCGGCACAGACAGGAGGUGUCUGCACGCUUGGUGGCGCAGGAGGACACCAUCCGACAACAGCAGGUGCGGGAGAGCGAGCUGCGGAAGCAGCAGGAGCGUGUGUGCCGCAUGCGGGAGGAGCGGGACAGGCUUGUGGAGGAAACGCGCUACUUGAAAGACGAGAACUACAACCUGCUGCGCGAGGUCACGAGGAUGAGCGAGGGGAAGAACAGUGCUCUCAUGAGCAACCGAGACUUGCAACUGGAGAUUGAAAGGCUCAAACACAGCCUGAUGAAUGCAGAGAGCGACUCGAAGAUCCAGCGCAGGCACACCAAGACCCUGAAGAAUGCCAUGGAGAAACAGCCCAGCCAAGACCUGGUCCUGCAGGUGGAGAGGCAGAAUGACCUGCUCACAGCACAAGUUCACGAGCUGGAAAGUGCUCUCCAGCAGAUGCUACGUUCAAGCCAGCCGGACCAGGAGAAGGUGAACGACCAGACUCUGGAGCACUAUAAGCACAAGAUGCAGGCACAAAACCAGAAGCUGGUCAACAACAUGUACAUCCUGCGGAAACAGCUGCGAAACACAGAGGACCUGAGGGAUAAGUACCUGGAUGAGAAGGACUUGCUGGAGCUGCAGUGCUCCAUCUUGCAAAAAGACGCUAAGGUGUAUCGCAGCCGGAUGGAGGAUGUCCUGAAGCAGCUGGACGAGGUUAUAGCAGAGAGGGACAAGGCAAUAUGCACGAGGGAAGCUUAUCACCUUGAAAACUCCCGGAAUCUCCAGGAGAAGGACCAGCACCGCAAGCAGAUCCAGGAACUUGGUGAACGAUGCGACGAGCUGCAGGUUCAGCUGUUCCGCACCCAAGGGGAGGUUAUCUCCCUGGAGACAAAGCUCCGGCGUUUCACACAUCCCUGCUCCCCCAUAGCGGCGUCAGACUUUGAGGACUGCUCUGUGCAGAGCUGGUUGGAGCUGAAGAGCCAGACCAGUGAGGAAGAGUUUAAGGACAGGUCCAGUCAAGUCACGAGUGAAGAGCCCAGCAGUCUCACCUCUGAGGAGUACAGCGAAUGUCUGAAUAGUCAGGGCGACAGUCUUCUGCCAUUGCAGCAGGGAAUCAGAGUCACGGGCGACCAGCUUCCCAACAGAAGACCCAGAACCAGGUUCCACUUUUAUUACAGGAGGAAGUACGCGCUGAGGUCCAAAAUCACCUCCAAGGAGCAUCCACAGUUACACCUGGACAACACAUCAGGAAGUGACAACACUGAUACCGAUGGCAUGUGACACUGGGACAGGGAGCACACACAGCUGACCUAGUACUCUGUGUACGUGUGUGUGUGUGUGUGUGUGUGUGUGUGUGUGUGUGUGUGUGUGUGUGUGUGUGUGUCAGAGAGUGAGGGAAUAUAGAUACACACAUAUGUAUGAUUGUUAUAGCUGUAAUUGACCACAGAUG